GAUUCGUUAAUCAAUCAUCGUAUAAAUAUUUUUUAUUUUAGAGUUUAAGUAUGACGGUUUCGUACUUUAUGGUUCUUCACUCGGUGUAAUUAAUAUGACCAGAUCUACAAAAAUCUAUUUUAUUAUUAUUUUAAAAACAGAAAAUCAUGUUAAUAAAAAUAAUGUAAUAAGAUUAUUAUUAUAUUUUCCUCAAUUAUAUAUCAUAUUAAUACUUGACGAUGCGUUGGAGGCAUUACUUAAGUAAAAAUGUCUAAUAAAUGAAUAAUAUUGGUGAGAGUUUAAAAUGAUCGUUUUUAUCAAAAUUACCAAUAUUUACAAUAUUUAUGUCAAAUUAUCUAAAUAUGAUCUUACACACAUGGAAGAAUUAAUUUAAUUUAAGGGAAUGCUGGUUAGUUUUACCGACUUAAUUUAUGUGUGCAUGCAAUAACAAUGCAAUCAACACAUCUCUACAGUCUAUUACAUCGAAAACUUACGCAUACAUUCAAAAAUUUUUGUACAAAGUUUAAAUUUUUUUUCUUUUUUCUUAAGUUUUUAAUUUAUUGGUAGAAAUGUAAUAUUGUUUCUGUAUGUUAUCCUAAGUAGGAAUUCUGCUUAUUUAUACAUAUAAAGUAUAGAACUUCUAUAAGAUAAAUUUUUUGUGUAUUGACGCGAAUCGAUGACAGACGUUGAUAAUAAAAUUGUAAUUUUCUAUUUUUUUUUUUUAUUUUUAUAUGAUAUUGUUGAUUCUACUCUGCAGUAUUUUAUACUUUUAUUAUGGCAAAGUAUUUUUAAUUUUGAUUAAUCAACAAAUAAUUGCUUUAUAUAAAAAAUAUUACGUUCAGUUUAUUAAAUAAAUUUGUCGCCAGCAUUCUCGUAAAGUGUAUUUUGAAAUAAUGUUAUAAACAGUUAUUCUUUUUAACUGAUCUGUUGAAGAAAUAAUAACGCAAAAUGUUUUAUUAUAUAAGAUUUUCUGAUUUAUUGAAAGUAAAUUUUGGACGAGUCUAUUUAAUCUUAUAUAUGCUAGGUGUGCUUUCGGCAAGCAUCAAUUUACUUAACGUGCCCAGCAAGGCAUUUAAAACAUAAAAUUUUAUAUAAUUGCAUUUUUUUUAAAUCUGCGUUUUUUGGAAAGAAGAGCUCACACUAUUCUUAUGAAAAAUUGAUUGUUAUCAGUUAAUUUACUUAAAUUUGUAAUAUGUUAUAGUUUUUACCCUCAUGAUAAAAAUCUUAAUUUCUUUUUAUAUUCUCCUAUCUGAUAAAGUCCAUGUCAAAUCGAUAGUUGCAUCUCUUGAAAUUCAUUCUUAAUUAUUUCUUCUAAUAUUCCUUAAUUACAUAAAAUAUAUUUCAUUGAAACAUGUAUAUAUAGUAAACGGAUAAAAAAAUUUUAUCUUAAUACUAAUAAGACAAUAAAAUACGUCAACAUAAUGUAUAAAAAUUAAAUUUUAUAAACUACAUUUUUUAAUUUAAAUUUUUAAAAAAUACGUAAAAAUGCAAAAAUAAAACUGUAAAAUUGAAAACGUUUAUUACAUAUUAAUAUGAUUUUUUUUUAGUCGAAAACAUAAUAUCACAUAUUCUGCAUGUGACUUUAUAUUUUCAAUUAUGAGUCAGUGAAUCACGGGUUGCCUAUAUAAUCUAACAAUAUUUAGCCUACUAUUUUGAAGUAAUUUUAUUAAUUAUUAACUUACUUUGUUUAUGGGAAACUAAUUAACGUAAUUUAAAAGAUCUAUUAAUGUUCUAAGUAAUUAGAUUUUUUAAAGGCUAAGUGUAGAAAAGUUCCAGUUUUUUUAUUUGCUAGAUAUUUUUUAAAAGAUUGUUUAGAAUGUUAUUGCAGUAAAAAAUGCCGAAUAAUUAAAAUUUACAUAAUUACCUGUAUAAUUAAUUUGUAUAGUUAUCUAUUUCGCUUAAAUGUCAUUUGGCACCCAUGCAAGACCAGUUUUUAUCAUAAAUCACACUAUAGACUUUUACAAGAAUAUGUGAUUACGAAUCAAAUUAUUCUUAACAAAAACUAGAAAAAUCACUAAUUCUUUUUUUAAUAUAUGAAAUUUAAAAAAUUGCAUUUGGAUUAAGAAUAUAUCAAAUAUUAUAUAAGAAUUACAUAAAAAUAAAUGUUAAUCUAUUUCUAUAAAACAGUUAAGUUCCUUAAAAAAAUUUUAUAUACUGCUAUCUUUUCACUACGCAAUUCAAUCAAUGGUUUUUGUCUCAUUGAACUUAAUAUUUUCAUUUCUCUCUUUCAAAAAAUAUUGCAAUACAUGAUAAUUUUUAAUGACAGCACUAAAAUUUUUUAUUUAUAAUAAAUUAUAAACACGUAAUAUUUCUGUUAGAAUGUCACAACAUAUUCUUCAUCUGACGCGUUAAGAUUUCUGCUUUACCGGAGUAACAUUAUAUUCUACUGCACAUCCGCUUGUGUAAAGACGAGAAAUACAAAAAAUAUAGCCCAUGCACUGAACAGUAUAAUAAUUUAUUUUUUACUGCUCGCCAUUCUUAAUGGGAUACAAUACUUAUGGAAUAUAAAAAGACGCAUUUUCUUUAAAGAAACAAGUUGCGCAUUUUCUUCUUAUUAUUAUCUUAUCUACCUUUUUAUUUAUGCAUGGUUAUAAGCAUUUUAAAAAUUACUAACUUUUAACUUAACUCUGUAUAGUGAAUAGGUGUUACAGAAAAAUUAAGGAAAAAAAAAAUUUUUCAAAAACCACAAUAUGAAGAGAAAAAGUAUUCUAUGUACUAUCCGUGCUCAGUAAUACUUGAACCGUCGUUUGAAAUGGAGUUUCCCGAAGACCGAUAUUACAGAAUAAAUCGUAUUCUUUUAUCAGCAAUUGGUCUAUGGCCAUACGAUAAUUCUAAAAGCAGACGUUUUCGUUUUAUAUUUUCACUAUUGAUAAUGGUAUCAUUACUUACUACUCAGUGGAUAAAAUUAUACACCUCAAAAUUCAGUUCUGAUAUCGUUUUAAAAAUAUUAUCUUACAAUAUUAUUUUGAUAAUUUGCUUUGUGAAGUAUAUUACAUUUUAUGCUGUUUUUGAUAAUAUCAAAGAAUUUCAAGGACGUGUUCGGUAUAACUGGGAUAUUUUGAAAGAUAAACAAGAAAUCGAGAUCAUAAGCAAACACGGAAGUUAUGGAAAAUUAUUUACAAUAUUUUUAACAAUGUCUGCAUAUACUUUCUGUAUAUUUCACAUGUUUACCCAAUAUCUUGCAGUCUUUCUUAAUAUUAUAAUACCUCUAAAUGUAUCUCGUCCGAGGAAACUUAUGAUUCUUACGGAAUAUUUUAUCGACCCUGAGAAAUAUUUUUAUAUCAUAUCUAUAUAUUUAACUAUUGCACUGACACUCAGUAUUGUCGUAUGGGCAGCUACUGAAUCGUUUUCAUUAACAAAUGCUUUACAUGCUUUCGGAUUAUUUAAAAUUGCAAGUUAUCGCAUAAAAAAUAUAUUAAGCGGAAUUAAUCCACAUAUGUGUCUAACUAAAAGAUAUACCAUAUCUCAUGACAGAAUAAUUGCUGCAGUGGAUUUCCAUAGAAGAGCUAUCGAAUUUUCUGACUUAUUGGAAGCAAGUUUUGGGCGAGUCUAUUUAGCCAUACUUGUGAUUGGUGUGUGUUCAGCGAGCAUCAAUUUAUGUUAUCUAUUUCGAAUAAUAACAACGGAGAAAGAAAUUUUGGAAAUUAUUAAAUCUAUAUUGUUAAUAAUGAUACAUAUUAUAUAUGUAACUUUAGCAAAUUUUGCUGGACAAGAAUUUAUAAAUUAUGAUACUGAGUUCUAUUGUAUGGUAUGCAGUACAAAAUGGUACAAUGCCCCAAUAAAAACACAAAAGUUGAUACUCUUUUUAAUGCAAAAGACUACAAAAUGUUACAAAGUCGAUGCCGGUGGUAUGUUUAGUCCCUGUUUGGAAGGUUUGGCCAGGUUAAUGAAAUUGAUUACGAUGAAAUACGAUGUGGAUCUCAUUUUAAGAGUUUUAUCGUCCGCUUUGCCAUUUACGUUAUUUACCGUAAAAUAUGUCACUUUUUAUUUUGUCACAAAAAAAGUAAAAGAAUUAAUGCAACACAUUCAAAAUGAUUGGAACACUUUGAAAGAUAAUAACGAGCUUGAAAUAAUACAUCGAUAUGCAAAAGUGGCAAAGCUAUUUACUACGAGUCUAGCAACAUUGAUUUAUGUAUGUAUAUUCGCGGUUAUUUGCAAUCAGCAUGUGCCAAGUUUUCUUGACAUUAUAGCGCCAUUAAACAAUUCUCGGCAAACCGAAUUACUAUUUCAAGUCGAAUAUUUUCUCGAUCAGGACAGAUAUUAUCAAACGAUUCAAUUUCACAUGGAUAUAGGCCUUAUCGUUGCUGCGAUGACAAUUUUAUCUACUGAAACAUUUUGUUUAAUACUUGCCAUACACGCAUUUGGAUUAUUUAAAAUAACUAGUUAUCGUAUGGAAUGUAUAAUCAAUAAAAGUGCGCCGAAUACAUUCAUGGAAAAGCAUUGUGCCUUUCAAAAUAAUGUAGUAACUGCUGUAAACUGUCACAGGAGAGCAAUUGAAUUUUCUGAAAAUGUUAAAUCAACUUUUGCGAUACCUUAUUUGGCUUUAAUAUUGCUCGGAGUGUCUUCAUCGAGCAUAAAUCUAUAUCUGCUCUUCCAAGUAAUAAUGUCGACAAGCACAACGGAUGAUUUAAUAAGAUCUAUUAUCUAUGUCUUUUGUCAUUUUGUCUAUAUGUUCUCAACUAAUUACGCUGGACAGAAAUUUAUAGAUCACGAUGCUGAAGUCUACAAUAAGAUAUGCAAUAUACAAUGGUACAAUACGCCUUUGAGGACGCAAAAACAAAUAUUAUUUAUCAUGCAGAAAACCAUAAAAAGUUAUCACGUAGAUGUCGGUGGCUUAUACAGUCCAUCAUUACAAGGCUUUACAGCGCUUGCGAGUGCAUCACUCUCUUAUUUUACUGUGCUUUGUUCAGUACAAAAUAAUAAUUUAUCAUAACAAUACACUUACUGAGAUGGCAACUUGCUGUAAUGUUUAAAAACAAAGUAUGAGAUGGCAAAGGAUAAAAUAACAAAUAACAGAUAUACUAUCGAGAUAUUAUAACGUUUAUAUGUUUGUUACAUUAUAUGUCUUAUAUGCCUUAGUUUUCUUAUUGCGUCUGUCCAAUAUAUAUAUAUAUGUAUAUUGUUUAGUUAUUUUUGCGCAUAACCAUAUGAUAUUUAUUUAUUCACAUUAUUCAAUGCAUUAAAUGUUGUUUAUUGUUUACAUUGUUAUUAUUAUGAUUCAAACUUUUUAAUUGAUUAUUAAUGCAAUUAACGAUAUAUCGAUAUAACGAUGUAUCCUUUCAUGUGUGAUGAAACAUUGUUUUUCAUUGUAUUAUGCUGUAAUAUAAUGUCAUUGAAGAGAUAAGAAUAUAAGAUUAUUAAAACGCACAAUAUAUCUCCUCUUAAUAAAAGUUCUUUUAUAACUGAAGUGUAGUUAUUAUCAUGAAGUAAAUUUUCUUUUGUUUCUAUUAUAAUGCAAUCAUCAAUUAUUAUGCUGUCAUUAUUAUUCAAAUAAUUUCUUUAAAUGAAUAUAAUCAUGUUGAAAAUUUGAAGUUACAGUUGCACAUUAUUAAGAAUUUACAAUAUUAUUCUAUUUACUAAAGCAAUUCUUUUAUACAUAGGUAUAACGAUAAAAUAAUAGAAUCUAUAAUGUUACUAAUAAUUUUAUUGUGCAUUAUUUAUUUCAGAAAUAAAAAUAUGUUUUUUGAUUCAUGAUAUAAUUAAGUUGGAGCUUUUAAACGAGUCUCAUCCAUAUAUACUUCUCCGUUAGGCAUAAUAUUUUUGUCAAUCAACAAAAACAUCUUCAUAUCAUAUUAAUACAUGACGUUAUAACAUGGCUCAUUACUGAAAUUGUUGCCAAAACAUUUUCAUUAGUAAAUGUAUUAUACGCUUUUAGAAUGUUUUAAAUUACUAUAUAGGUACUAAAUAAAUAAAAGAAAACAAUUCUUAUUAAAAAUUUUUUGUUCAUCUUUUAUUUCUUUUAAGUUAAAAAUUUAUUGGUUUAUUUUUUUAUUAACGUUUUUAAGCAAUAAAUCAAAUACUUUGUUUAAUCGAUGUCAAUCUGUAACCUUUUUUAUUUGUAGCAUUUAUCAUAUUUCAUAUACAACCGGAUCGUUUAUUGUAUUUUUUUCUCCAUAUUUUUUAUCACUUUUACUUUUGCGUUACUUUUUUCUCACAUUGCGCAUAAUCACAUGUAUUCACGCAAAUAUAAACUAGUGAAAAAACAAGGCGUGAAGAAAAGUUGUAAAUAACAGGGAAGCAGGGAGUAAAUAAUAUGGGAGAAAUUCGAAUACGUAUAUUAUUACUGUAUAUACAUGUACAGACUCAAACACGCGCUCACGCGCUAGGACAUACGUACAUAAGAAUAUUAUAUAUUAUUACUAUUAGAUUUUUAAAUUUAUUACAAGUAAGCUUUGAACUAUCGUACUUGUUUAAGAUUAUAGCAUCUUUAUGUAUGGCAACUUAAUUUUUUUUUGUCUAUGUAAUAUACCGUUUACAUAUGAUUAUUUUGCUAAAUUAAUAAGAUUACUUACAAUUAUUAAAUAAUCAUCGAUUUUACUUACAGCUAAUUAGCUAAUAAUUAUGAUGCAAUAAAACAAGUGGAAAUUAUUAAA